GUCUGGAUUUCAAAGCCCUCGACCCGUGUUGGUACAUAUACCAGGAACAUUUCAGCCUACCAUCCUUGCCUAUUCUUUCUUUUUUCUUCAUCUCCUACAAUCUACAACCUCUCGCAAGCAUCCAUCUGCACAUUGCAGCAGAUUACCUAUCACCAUUUCGUCCGCACUCGUCCUGCCACUUGGCCGCCGAGCUAGCCUUCCAAUUCAUCAGCUCUCGCAACUCUUGAAGAGUUACUCCUCGUCAGCUCAGCCUCUCAGCUACAAGCAAGCUUCCAAAGCAAGAAACUUCAUAUCUGCGACGCCACUGCAGCAUCGCUACCAGCAACCCCUACCUACUUUACACCACCCACACCUCUCCCGCCACUUCACAAUCAAUAUGCGAGCCGGCAGUGACCCCUACAACCGCCUCUAUGAGCGCAUGAUCGGCUUCCACACCAACUUCCGGUCCUCAUAUGCCUUCCUGCAGCGCUUCCUUCCUCAGAGUGCCUCGUUGGGCAAGCGUGACCUCGAGGUUUACCUGUCUAGGGCGGCAGAUCUUUGCCACCAUUUGGAGAUGCAUCACAACAUUGAGGAGACCUACGUCUUCCCUGCCCUCGCAAAGAAGAUGCCCUCCUUUGCCCUGGGCGAUGCACACGUCAAGGAGCACGCCGUGAUGCAUGCUGCCCUCGAACUCCUCGAAGCCUACGUUCAACAAAGCACCCCCUGGCCCAAGACGGUGUACGACCCGGAGAAGAUGGGGAUCAUCCUUACUACGCUUGGGCAGGCUCUUUUCCCUCAUCUGGAGGCGGAAGAGGAGAGUCUAAAGGCGGCAAAUAUGAGGAAGGCGGGAUGGACUGAGUCGGAGAUGGCGAGGCUGCCCAUGUAG